GCGGUGACUGUGGAGAACCGCGGGGAGAGCGCGGUGAAGGGCUGAGAGGCGAGAGAGUGACUGAGCGAGCGGGGGCGGAGCUUCGGCCGUCGCGGGGCCUCUCUCCCUUCGUCGCUCAGCUGAGGCGUCUGUUGCUGCUGGUGGUCCCCCUCCCCUCGCCCGAGGGUCAGGAGGGCGGGAGAACGAAGCUCGCCUCCUGCCUGCCCGCGCCGCCUCGGAAAGAUGCCGCUCUUCACCAGCAACCCCUUCGACCAGGAUGUGGAGAAAGCAACCAGUGAAAUGAAUACUGCUGAAGACUGGGGGCUCAUCUUGGAUAUUUGUGAUAAAGUUGGGCAGUCACGGACAGGGCCUAAGGACUGUCUUCGGUCUAUUAUGAAGCGAGUUAACCACAAGGAUCCUCAUGUUGCUAUGCAAGCAUUGACACUUCUUGGAGCUUGUGUCUCAAAUUGUGGUAAAAUAUUUCAUUUAGAAGUAUGUUCAAGAGAUUUUGCUAGUGAAGUAAGCAACGUGCUAAAUAAGGGCCAUCCAAAGGUUUGUGAAAAAUUAAAAGCACUCAUGGUGGAAUGGACAGAUGAAUUUAAGAAUGAUCCUCAACUUAGUCUGAUAUCUGCUAUGAUAAAGAAUCUUAAGGAUCAAGGUGUUAUGUUUCCAGUCAUUGGUUCACAGGCUGCAGAACAAGCAAAAGCAAGCCCAGCUCUGGUAGCCAAGGAUCCCGGAACAGUAGCAAACAAAAAGGAGGAGGAGGAUCUAGCUAAAGCCAUUGAGUUGUCACUGAAAGAACAAAGACAACAGCAAGCACCACUUUCCAGUCUUUAUCCAAGCACCUCAAGCCUCUUAGCAAAUCACAAACAUGAGGGUCGGAAAGUUCGAGCUAUUUAUGAUUUUGAAGCUGCUGAAGAUAAUGAAUUAACAUUUAAAGCUGGAGAACUUAUCACUGUACUUGAUGACAGUGAUCCAAACUGGUGGAAGGGUGAAACUCAUCAAGGAACAGGAUUAUUUCCUUCUAAUUUUGUAACUGCUGAUCUUACUGCUGAACCAGAAAUGAUGAAAACUGAGAAAAAAACAGUGCAAUUUAGUGAUGAAGUUCAAGUUGAAACAAUUGAACCGGAGCCUGAACCAGUUUAUAUUGAUGAAGAUAAAAUGGACCAGUUGUUGCAAAUGUUGCAAAGUGCAGAUCCAUCGGAUGAUCAGCCAGACCUCCCUGAGCUAAUCCAUCUUGAGACAAUAUGCCAUCAGAUGGGACCACUCAUUGAUGAAAAGCUAGAAGAUAUUGACAGGAAACAUUCAGAACUCUCAGAGCUCAAUGUCAAAGUGAUGGAGGCACUCUCAUUAUAUACCAAAUUGAUGAAUGAGGAUCCAAUGUAUUCAAUGUAUUCCAAACUACAAAACCAACAGUACUAUAUGGCUCAGUCCGGUGUAUCUGGCUCUCAGGUUUAUCCAGGACAGCCUCAAAGUAAUGCAUAUUUGGUGGCAGGGAGCGCACAGAUGGGCCAUGUUCAAGGCUACAGUCUUCCAUCAGAGCAACUUCCAACUCUGAAUCAAGCAACAGUUCCUCCAGCAGCAAGCUCUGGAUUACCCAGUCAGCCUGUUCAGACAUCUUACACAAACGCAAUGGUUGGAUCUGUUCCAGGAAACACAUAUUCCAGCCAAGCUUCAGUCUACAGCCCACCUCCAGCUGCUACUGCUGAUGUUGCUGUUUAUCAGAAUUCCGGAACUAUGUCCCAGGUGCCAAACUAUAACUUAGUCACCUCAACCUUGCCCCAACCACCAGGUAGCCAGCCAUCACCACAACAGCCUGCAUCAUCACAACAAAAUACUUACUCUCAGAAGGCACUUCUAUAGGAUCUAGGACUUCUGAUUCCUAAUCUGGUCUAACCUCUGCAGAAGGCAGUUUACAAUGUUAUGAGUUUAUUCCUUUAAUAUCUUAAAUGUGGGUUAUCCUCAGCUUAAUAGGAAUCUUUCUUGGUGAACAAGUAUGACAAUUCUAUUUGCACUGACUUUUUAGGAUUUUUUUAAGUUUGCAAAGGAGUUAAAAUACUUAGGACUUUUAAUUCCUUUAAAAUGCCUAAACAUUGGUACAAGGUUAUUUAUGUAUGCUGAAACUGGUUAGUUUGUGAAGAGUCAACUUGGCAAACUCUUACAGCAUAUACGUUAUGUACAUAUAGUGUGUUUGUGUUAGUGGCUGUUUUGAAUUACUAUGGUGAUCAUGUGAAUAUAUAACAGUGUUAAAAUAAUUUGCAUUACUGUUUUAUUAAUCAUGAACAGAUGGACCAUGUUCAUGGAUUUUAUAAGAAUGUCUGUUCAAAGUGUAGGACAAGGCUCUAACCUGCAUAUCAUAAAUACUUACAGGCUACGGAUAUGCUCUUGAAACUGAACAGUCUAGUUUUUCAUUAAUUGUACAAUGAAUGCAAGUGUGUCCUGCCUUCCUGUAGCAUUUGGUGCUACUUGAUGACAUUAUCUACCAAAGUAAGGGGCCUAGAACUUCAGACACUCUGCAUUCAGAAUGCAUACUGCUUUUAUGAAUAAUGGUUUCAAAACAAUAACUUGCAAGCUGCUAAACUCAUGGGACCAUGAAACACAUUUGAACUGUUUUAUGUUUAUUGUUUAAAUGAUGUAACUUACAUUUCCAUGCUGGUUUCAUGUCACCUGAAUGCUGAAGUAUAUUCUGUGUAUAUUGGUGGAGAUCACGCCAAAGACAGAGAACACAUUGGCUGUGAGUGAAUGGCAUUUUUAAACUGGAACAGAAAAAAACACUACAUUGAUUAAAGUCUUGUUAAGGACUGCCA